AUGAAUUUCCAAUUUCCAACUUUCUCUACCGCCAGUUUCCUGGACACUUCUUCCGUUCCCAGUACCUCUUCAUGGGAUUCAGGAGUUGUCAAUAGAUCCACGACAUAUCUGGAUACUCAAAGCACAAACUAUUCUGACUAUUCCUAUUAUUCAAACUACUACGCAAACUACUACGCUUCUUUUCUUCAAUGUUUAAAUUCCAAUACUUCAACGGCAACAGUCGUGCCUUCGCCAACUGCAACUUCUCAAACGUCGAUGGAUUUAUCAUGGAACGGAUUUCAAAACAACUUCAACGUUUCUUCGUCGUCAAUUUCAAGUUCCCCAAGUUCUAGCUCAACUGGAUUCACUCCAUUUUCUGCCAAUUCGCCAACAAUGCCAACUCCAGCUUUCACACUCUCGCCAACAGGAUCGACGACUCCCAGGAUCGCAAAGACAUACACAAAACAAUGUUCCAAUUGCUUCAUCACUGAAUCGUGCCAAUGGAGAAAUGUAACAUCAAGAGAAGGAAUGCUUUGCAAUGCUUGUUUCACCUACCGUCGGAAGUACAAGAAGAAUCGUCCAACUGCUGCUAUCGAGAAGUACAGAUGUCAAAAACGCGAAAAACAAUUGUAG